AAAGCAGCUUCUGCCUCUCAGCAAACCUGUUGCACCCGCAGGAGGCGGACUCAGCUGGUGCGGCGCUGUGAGCGGGGCCGGCAGCAGCAGAAGAGACGAGGGUUUGCUUUGGGGACGCCGUCCAUGGAGCCUGAUGGGACUUUAAAGGGGAGGAGUUUCUAAACGUUUCCAUUCUUUGACCUCAAACACGAGGAGAGGAGACGUCAUGGAUGAAGCUCCAGACCCGGAGGCCAUGGUGAGCAAAGCUCUCUCCCAGUUCGAGGUGACUCUGCAGGCGGCUGUGAGGGAAGUGCACGUGGACGUCAACGCCUUCAAGCGCGGCAUCGAUCAGAGGAUCGACGAGCUGUGCGUGGCCAACGGACCCCUGGCUGCAGCUGUGACGAGGCUGCAGGAGGAGAACCGGCAGCUCAGGGCCCGGCUGGAGGCCCUCAGCCAGCUGGUGGAGGCUCUCCAGAGGAACCUCCCCGAGGAGAAAAGGAUUCAGAGGGAGAGUCUGGAGAAUGGUCAGAGCAGGGAGGAGCAGACGAGUCUGGUUAACUCGGUGGAAUCCACCUGCUCACAUUCAGAGGCGUCCAGAAAUGCUGCUGCUGGAGGAGGUGAUGGAGGCUCCUGCACCAGCUCCCCAGCUCCUCCUCCAUGGAGAGCAAAGAGGCACACGGAGGUGAAUGGCACUGAUGCCAAAGGAGAGAAAAGCGCCUCAACCGUAGAAGAAACGCCCCAACAGCAAGAACUCUCCUCAGUAACCCAACCUGCUGCUGAAGCCCCCCCUCAGUCCCACCAACCCGUGACGGCGUUCACCAAACCCAGCCCCGAGUCUGCUGCCGUGGAAACAGCCGAUGCUGAUGAACCUCAGCCACACCUCCCGGUCACUGCCAUGACAACCAAACCCAGUCCAGAGCUUUUACUUGCUAAUAAACCAGCUCCGCCUCCAGGAUCAGCACCGCAAUCGUCAGCAGACGACCAGCAUCCAACAGGAGCUUCUCAACCCGUCGAGUCCAGGAUCGAUGCGCCGCAGAGACCCUCAGAAGCCACCCUCCCGGCUUUACCUCAUUUCUCCCUCCCAGCUGCAGCCAAGAGCAGCCCGGAGGUUCCUGCAGCGUCCAAACCCAACCCGCUUCCUGCUUCAGCCCCAAACCCGUCACCGCGAGAAUCGCCUUUAGUGAAGCGAAGCGAGUAUCCGUUCAGACGAGACCUGAACGAGCCCAAGUCCCACUCGGCUCUUUCUGCCAUGACCCGGCCGAACGCAGAGUCCAGCUCGCCGGCUUUGGUCGCUCAGCCUCCGAGCCUUUCAGCUUCAAUGGAGCCGUUGGUAAAACCCGGAGAAUAUCCCUUCAAGCGAGCUCCUGUUCUCAAGACGCCAAGUCCCAGUUUAAAACGAAGCGUGAGCUUUCCUCAGUCUGCAGAAAAAUUACUUCCAUCCAAAUCGAUCAUAAAAUCUGGAUUCUCACCAAAUCUGGACAACAGGAGAUUAAACAAACCGGAGGAGUUUAAGCAGGACGGGAUGAAAUCUCAGACGCUUCCUCGAUCCAACGGGGCUCAAGCCAAACGGGCUUUGUUUGAAAGGAUGAACUCUGAGCCCACAAAGCCAAAGGAUUCCAAACCCCAACUGAAGCGCUCCCAGAGCUUCGGAGUGUCCAGCGCCAGCGGGAUCAAACAGAUUCUCCUGGAAUGGUGUCGCUCCAAAACCAUCGGCUAUAAGAACAUAGACAUCCAGAACUUCUCCUCCAGCUGGAGCGACGGGAUGGCCUUCUGCGCCCUCGUCCACGCCUUCUUCCCUCUGGAGUUCGAUUACAAUGCUCUGGACCGUGCAAACCGCAAACACAACCUGGAGCUGGCCUUCACCACAGCAGAGGAUCAGGCCGACUGUCUGCGCCUGAUCGAAGUGGACGACAUGUUGGAGAUGGGGGACAAGCCGGACCCCAUGUGUGUGUUUACGUACGUCCAGUCCCUCUACAACCACCUGAAGAAGUUCGAGUAGCUCUGCAUCAGAGUCGGCCGUGAAGAGCGGUUUAUUUUAGGCGCAAAAUAUGCUUAGAGUCCACUCACGAGUUGAUCAGUUUGACACUGAUGUGUGUGUGUGUCACUAACACCGCCCACUUCAUUCAACCUUUAAAGUGAUUCUUAAAAUUAUGUUUUUUUUCUGAGAAAUCUGUUGUGAAGUGAGUUUGAGAAGUAAACAAAGGGGUGUUGUUUUUAAGCAGACUUUUGGGUCACAUUUGUAUGUUUAUAACACAGUAGAGGACGGUUUUUAAACACUUUUCAUUGUAUUUGUUCAAAAAAAUGAACAUUUUUGCAGAAUUGUGUGCAAAAAUGCUGAACAAAUUUCAAAAUAAAAGAGAGAACGUACACUGCCAUCUGCUGGUAAAGCCUCAGAUCUCAGGCUUCUAGAUGCUUCCUGAUCUUUCAUUUAUAUUUCAUGAGAAUUAAAUGUGAAAAACAGUAAUUUCUAAACACUGUUUACCUUCUUAUAAACCUCAUAGUAGGAUGGUGCAAUUAGCACAAGUGAAAUUGUCAAGAACAAAUAUGAAUCAUUUAUUUUUCAACCAUGACAUGUAAUAAAAUAAACAUCAUAAUCCCAGA